AUGACCACUUUUGCAUCCACAAGUCACUGCCUUAAGCGCAAUGAAUUUGAAGAGAACGGUCCUUCUGGUCUGUCACUUCGCAAAUAUCGACACUCCUGUAAAAUUGAUCUAGCAAUUGCGGUAUUUGUGAUUGCGUUGCUCACUCCAAACUGGACAAUAAUCGAUUUUACGAAUACGGACUUGGAAGAAAUUCAUGUUCAGUUAGGCGUAUGGGGUGAAUGGAGGACGAAAACGAAUGGCACUAAACAGACUGGUAUGUUGGCUUUCGCAGAAUAA